AAGAAGAAGAAGGGGAAGAAGAAGAAGAAGUGAAGAAGAAAGAGAAGUGUCACAUCUCUCUCUCUCUCUCUAUAUAUGAGCUCCAUGAAAUUCCCCACAUUUCUCUUCUGCUCUCUGUUCCCAAUAUUCUUCCCUUUCUCUUUAAUCGAGAUAUAAUAAUAUUCGAGAAUUUUCGAAAUCGGAACCCACCACCACCCCUCCCUCACAUAAAGAAAGCUCCCCUUCUUCAAAACCUCCAUCGUCAGCUUUCUCUACAGAUCCAACGGUUCUCUUCAUUUUUUUUUUUGGGUUCGAAUUCGGGUUCUCUCUGCAAUCGAUUCUUCUCGCUACGUUGGGUUUGAUUUGUGGGAGGAUUGAUUAAUCUAAUCUAAUCUAAGCUUAUGGGUCGUAUCGAGAUGUAUAAGAAGAAUUAAAAAAGGAAUAUGUCGUUGGCAAUGGAGAAAGAAUUUGAUUCAAAGCUUGUUCUUCAAGGGACCUCCUCCUCAUCUUCCAACGGUGCCAAUGUCUCCAGAAGCAAGAGCUUCUCCUUUAAAGCCCCUCAAGAAAAUUUCUCCAGCAACGAUUUCCAAUUUGGCAAGAUCUAUGGCGUUGGUUCUUACUCUAAGGUUGUUAGGGCAAAGAAGAAGGAAUCUGGAACUGUGUAUGCCUUAAAGAUUAUGGACAAAAAGUUCAUCACCAAGGAGAAUAAAACAGCUUAUGUGAAGCUGGAAAGGAUUGUUCUUGAUCAACUUGAACAUCCUGGGAUUAUUAAGCUUUUCUUCACUUUUCAAGACACAUCCUCACUAUAUAUGGCACUUGAAUCUUGUGAAGGUGGUGAGCUUUUUGACCAAAUAACCAGAAAAGGCAGGCUAUCAGAAGACGAAGCUCGAUUCUACACUGCAGAAGUUGUGGAUGCUCUCGAGUAUAUACAUAGUAUGGGACUGAUACAUCGAGAUAUUAAGCCGGAGAAUCUGUUGCUGACUUCAGAUGGGCACAUUAAGAUUGCGGAUUUUGGUAGUGUGAAGCCGAUGCAAGAUAGCCGGAUCACAGUACUUCCUAAUGCAGCUUCUGACGAUAAAGCAUGCACUUUUGUCGGGACUGCUGCAUAUGUUCCUCCAGAAGUUCUCAACUCUUCCCCCGCAACUUUCGGAAAUGAUCUCUGGGCUCUCGGCUGCACUCUCUACCAGAUGCUUUCAGGGACUUCUCCAUUCAAAGAUGCAAGUGAAUGGCUGAUUUUCCAAAGAAUUAUAGCCAGAGAUAUAAAGUUCCCAAAUCAUUUUUCAGAAGCAGCAAGAGACCUCAUCGACCGGUUGCUGGAUCCUGAUCCAAGCAGAAGACCAGGUGCUAGUUCAGAAGGUUAUACUGCUCUUAAGAAACAUCCUUUCUUUACUGGAGUUGACUGGAAGAAUCUUCGGUCUCAGACUCCUCCGAAACUAGCCCCAGAUCCUGCGUCUCAAACAGCAUCUCCCGAGAGGGAUGAUGCACAUGGUUCUCCGUGGAACCUGACACAUAUUGGAGAUUCUUCAGCCACACAGAACGAUGGACACGGUGCACCUUCUACAGCUUCUGAAUCAUCGGGUUCCAUAACACGGCUUGCUUCCAUAGACUCUUUUGAUUCGAGAUGGCAACAGUUUCUGGAGCCGGGAGAAUCCGUUCUGAUGAUAUCAGCUGUGAAGAAGCUUCAGAAAAUAACGAGCAAGAAGGUGCAGCUAAUACUCACCAAUAAACCCAAGCUGAUCUAUGUCGACCCGUCAAAGCUAGUAGUAAAAGGGAACAUCAUCUGGUCUGAUAACUCAAAUGACCUCAACGUUCAAGUGACUAGCCCUUCCCAUUUCAAGAUUUGCACGCCAAAGAAGGUUUUAUCAUUUGAAGACGCAAAACAGAGAGCUCUGGUGUGGAAAAAGGCAAUUGAGACUCUUCAGAACCGCUGAGACAAACUCCCCUGAAGAAUGUUUCUGUUAAUUCUCUGUUUGUGUUUUGUCUUCGUUCUUUAAACUGACCAAACUCCAUACUUCAGAUGUUUUUCUAUCAUACCCACCAUUGAAAAGGACCACUUCCACAACAAAAUACACAAAAGAGAGUUUUAAAUUGAAAAA